AUGCAAAAAGCACUUGGAAUCCUCGGGAUCAACUGCUACCAUGGAGCGAACAUGUACCUUUCCGCACCUGGUGAUUUCAAGCUAUGGCUUCAAUUAAUCCGAGCCAAAUUCUCCGACAAAGAAAAUGACAUGUCACAUCAUCAGCGGCAAAAUUGGGAUCGCAUUCUUGGCAGCUUCAACGCCGUGUCUGAUAUUCCAUGUAUCGCUUUCGCAGAGGAGUUGCAUGAAGCUUAUCCAGACGCCAAGGUGAUCCUAGUCUCGCGCGACUUGGAGUCAUGGAGGCAGAGCUUCACGAGAAUUGUGGGGACUGUAAUGAAUGACAGAAAGAUGGUAUGGCUAGCAUGGGUUGACCGCUGGCGAUUUGGCCCGUUCAGGCAGGUCUUAAAAUCGUCAAUAGGAGGACUCUUUGGCGGUACCUCGACGAAGCAUCUCAAUGACAACGCGAUAAAAGUGUAUCUGGAACAUUAUGACCAUGUCAGGAGAAUCACGCCGCCCGAGCAACUGCUGGAAUAUGAAUUGGGCAGUGGCUGGGAGCCACUAUGCGAGUUCCUAGGAAAGCCAGUUCCAGACGAACCGUUUCCACAAAUUAACGACCGCGAGUCGCUGGAGAAAUCAUUCCACGAAGGGUUGCGUAUCGAGGUUCUCAAAUGGCUGGGGAUUGUUGCUGCCACUGUUGGUGGAUCGGCUUUGCUGGUCUGGAGAGGAGGCGAUUUAUUUGAUAUGGCCCUCGCACGCAUCCGUUCAUCAGCCCAACAUAUCGGGUAUGUGAUCUGA